AAUUGAUGCCCCCCCUGGGGCACCUCUUAUUUUCUGAAUUUUCCUUUUAUUCCCGGUGUGGCUGUUGCUCCGAUUGGGAGACUGCAACCAGGGCAGGCCUGACCCCCAGCAGCACCCCUUGGUUCCAGCUUAUCCUAGAAGCCUUGGGCUGGUGGGGGAUCUUUUGCCCACAAAAGCGGGUGGGUCAUAAAUGUGCUGGGCCCCUAUUUCCCCGCCCCUGCACCCCACAUGGAGUUAGGAGCAGGAGCCGCGGGGGAAGAAGCCAGGGAACAACCUGAAGUGGAGAGGGGCGGGCUGUGCCCGGAUCCCGGGGCGGGGCAGGCGCGGAGCCCCGGCCCGGCGCUGCAGAGGGAGACGGGGAGCGCCCGGAGGGCGAUGGAGGGGGAGUCCCCGGGUCCCGGGGAGCAGGCGCUGCAGGAGUUCCAGACCCUGGUGGAGCUGGUCGGGGGGAAGCCAGAGGUGCUGCUGGUCGGGGAGGUGCUGGAAGGGGGAGAGACCCGGGCGCUGCUGGGGGCUUUUGCCCAGGAGCUCUUCGGGGAGCAGCCCGGGGGCCCGGCGGGCAGCGAGGGGACGCCGGGGGAGCGGCCCGGGGACCAGGCGGGCAGCGAGGGGACGCCGGGGGAGCGGCCCGGGGACCAGGCGGGCAGCGAGGGGAAGCCGGGGGAGCGGCCCGGGGGCCCGGUGGGCAGCGCGGGGAAGCCGCCUCCCCAGGUCCGGGUGUGCCUCGGCCCCGGCGGCGCCGGCCGGGAGAUCCGCUCCCCGCUCAUCUUCCUGCUGUGCCGGGCCGGCUCCUUGCAGCCGCGGCGGGCCCGGGCCCGCCUGCGGGAGAUCGCGCGGGACCUGCGGAGCCGGCUGCCCCGGGGCCCGCCGGCCGCCCUGGUGGGGGUGAUCGUGCAGCCCGGCCCCGGCGAGGAGGAAGAGGCGGCGGCGCUGCUGGAGGCGCUGCUGGGCGAGGUCUUCCAGGAGCACCGGGCCGGGCUGCAGGACACGGUGCAAGCCGCAGCCUACAGCCCCGGCCGCCUGGACGGGACGCUGGAGGUCCGGAGAGCCGCCUGCCGAGCCUUGCGAGCGGCCCUGCAGCACCGGGCAGGUGGGGAGGAGAGAGAGAAGCGGAGAUUCCCCUCCCUCCUGCGGUGCGUCCCCUGGGGCAGGAGGAGCCGGAGAAGAGGCCGAUCGGCUAAUGCUGCCAACAACCUUCAUGAGGCAUUCCCAGAUCUUUCCAGUCUAAGGAAUGGUCGAUCGGGAGAAGCCUUGGAACCCGAAUCUCCCCUAUGAUGAUGCCGAGUGCUCCCACUAAGCCACAAGGUGGCCUGCAGGACCCCGAGGAGGGAGUGGCUCUGACAGGCAUGUCACUUAGCGGAAACCGUGAAGAAGCAAGCAGAGGCACUGGCGCUUAAAGCUGUUGGAUGGCGUCAAGGCACCACCCUUGCGGAUUUGCUCUUAUAGCAUGAGGACCACGGGCUGAAUUCACCCAGGUGAUCUUCUGGAAAGGGGACAUGGACGCCAUCGUGCAGCUCUCGGGAAAAGCUGCUACCUUCUGUAGCAACAAACAGUGUCCGAACCAGAUAACCGUCCUGCUCCCACCCCACCAUUGCUGCAGCAAAACCCAGAGGGGGGUCAUGUUCUACCACCCGGUAGAGUUCAUUUCUAGAUGCUAAAAUGGACUGUGGACCUUUAAGAAAUCCCGUUGGAUGCAUUUCACUGGGGAUGUGACAGUGCAGGAAUCCCAGGUAUAAAACGUGCUCAGCUGCUAAAAGAGAGAGUCUCUCAUCUGAACAACAAAAUUCCCCUCCAAGAGGCCUUCUGGGUUUCUUUGCUGAUGAAACCAAUCUUCUGCCUUGCCCUCGUGCUUUAUUGCUGGUCUAAAGCUCCAGAUAACGGCCUCAAUAGACCUUCCAUUUUCUGUUCUAGCUCCCCCGUUAGGAAACAACAGGCAAGUGGGGGAGAAAGCGAUAGAGCUGCAGGGAGGUCACGGGGGGACUGGUCAUCUCCAUGUACAGGCCUUGGGACAUACUGGCGAGUUGAAGAGGAUUGAAUGCAAUAAUCUAAUGUGAAGAAAGGCAAUAAUUGUUACUGUCAUGCCGUACGAUCAUGUGCACGAUGCAGAAGUCACUGAUGAUCAUGUCAAUAGGAGAGCGGUCUGAGAGAGCAGAUCAUGCCACACGGCUAAUCCUGGUGCUGAGUGAGUGAUUUACAGGGUGCAUUGGAGGCAGAGCAACCGACAAUGCUUAUAGCAUUUCCAUGUUCUGAUGGGGGUGACAGAUGUCCACCCCCCCCCCCCCCGCCAACUUCUCAACCGUGGGAUCCCAACAACCACAUGGCUUUCAGGCCCCGAAGAUCACCCCAUACAUUCAUCUCUCUUAAAGAUGUGACUUAAUAUAUUGUUUUUAGGAAAUACAAUCUAUAUAUUUAAUAGUUUUCAAAGGUAUUUUUUUAACCUGUCUGGCAACCAAUUGUUUUAAUUAGGCUUUUAUUUCCAUGGAGUAUUAAUGGGACACUGGGUAUGUCCAGCUACAGCAUAACACAUGUUUGAGUUUGGCUUGGUUUUCCUUUCUCUCCGUUGCGAGUUUUCAUCUGGAUCAGGCUGUUGGCAGGACUGUCUCGCCUCGAUUAUGUCCCAUUUCACUGUCCUCCAGGCUGGCUGAGAGGCUCUUUCAUUUGGGUUAGUCCAUCUACAAUCGUUUUGUCUUCCUUUGUUCUUUGGUUGGCAGAGAAGCGGCUCAUAGCUGAGCACUGUGUAAUCCUAGCCAAUCCAAACUCCUGAUCAGAUGAAAAUUGGUCAUGUCCCUCCUGAGAGCAAUGUGCCUUAGGCAUUCCUUAUCUAUUGUGUAGAGUAGGGUGGGCAGCCAGGACACCUGGGUUCUGUACCCGGUUCUGACCAUGGACUAAUAAUUUAAUUUCUCUGUGCUUCAAUUUCCUCAACUGUCGAAUGGGGAUUUUGAUAUUUACCUACCUCACACAGGAGCUGCAAGGCCUCGCUAAUCUCUGACAAGUACUGUGAGAUCCUUGGAGGUGCCAGAGAAGGGCAACAGGAGAACAAGAGUGUACUAUAGCCUACAUGUUAACGUUUUUCCCUUCUGGGGUCUCCCAAUGGGGCUGCAGUGAUGUUUCUGCUGAAUGAAAGCGGCUCGCUGCAUCUGGGGUGAUUCGGUGGCUGCUGAGCAGUGGAAAAGAGCAUUAGGGUGUCAGGGUGGGGGGGGAGUGGGAGGGACAGAGUAGCUGGGUAAAUGGGGAAAUGUUUUCUCUGAUCCUCGACUGGUGUUUGGAGAAAUUCUUUGGUGGAAUUUUAUGUUGUAAUUCAGGUCACUUGAGAACUUUGCUGCUGAGAGGCUUUGUGGCUCAUGACUUAGGCCUUGUCAACGUAUGUGUGUUCGUUCAGUAUAACCUAAGGUGAGAAUUUAAUCCCAGUAUAACUCUCUCUGUGGACACACUUAUUCUGGUAUGAGAGUGCCUUUUAUUUAAAUUUAGCUUAUAUCACUUGGGAAGGGAUUUAAGCUAAAUUGAAAAAAAGCCACUCUUAUUUUAAUAUGUGUGUCCACACCGGGAGUUAUACCUCGGUAAAACUUUCCUGUGUAGACAAGGCUUUAAACAGAACCUAGAAGGUAGAUAAUACAGUAGAACCUCAGAGUUACGAACACCAGAGUUAUGAACUGGCCGGUCAACCACACACCACAUUUGGAACCAGAAGUACACAAUCAGGCAGCAGCAGAGACCAAAAAACCCAAAUACAGUACAGUACUGGGUUAAAAGUAAACUACUAAAAAAAUAAAGGGGAAGUUUUAAAAAAGAUUUGACAGGGUAAGGAAACUUUUUCUGUGCUAGUUUCAUUUAAAUUAAGAUGGUUAAAAGCAGCAUUUUUCUUUUGCAUAAUAAAGUUUCAAAGCUGUAUUAAAUCAAUAUUUAGUUGUAAACUUUUGAAAGAACCAUAAAGUUUUGUUCAGAGUUACGAACAACCUCCAUUCCUGAGAUGUUCAUAACUCUGAGGUUCUACUGUAGUGUCAUAGCAUGUAAGAGUUUAUAUAUGGGGGACCAACACCACCCCGCUUCCAGAUCACGAGGUAUUCUGUACGUUAAAUUUGCUUUGAGGGAACAUGGUUACAAGCAAAUUGAAAAUACAAAUGUAAUAAUGUGAUUUAGUAAAGUCAUUUAUUGUGGGUGGCUGCGUAUGUGAUGCUGAAUUUCAACAAUGAGUGGGAAACAGUUGAUAGUUCCGGUACUUGAAGUGAGCGCAUUAGCUAGCAUUGUCUUCUAGCACAGCUCAUCUGUGGAGCUGUGCAGGUAGAUAGAGGGCAUGUCUACGCUACAAAAUGAAGUCAACUUACGUUAAGUUGAUGUACAGCCACCGUGGUAAUUAAAGCGGUGGUUCACGUCCACACUUGCUCCUUCUGUCAGUGAUGCGCGUCCUCACCAGGAGCGCUUCCACCGACUGAAGUGGGGCAUUGAGAGACACUGACAGCUGGAGCCUGGUAGCCCCGAGGUUCACAGCUGUGCCCGCUCUCCCCUGCCCCCCGCUGACAGCCAUGCGCAGGCUCACAGUCAAAAGGCGAUGUAAGUAAAGUCUACACGGACACUGCAUCACCCCAACUACAUUGACAUAUGCGCUACGCCGUUCGUGGAGUAGUUAGGUCAGUGUAGCUGGCCACUUACUUGGGCAGAAGCAGCAUUGUAGUGUACACACUGACAUAAUUAGGUUGACGUAAGCUGCCUUACAUUGACCAUAACUGUAAUGUAAACCAGGCCUGAGUCUGUUAUGUAUUUACGUUUCUUUCUGUUUGUCUCUAAAUUAAGAGCAGGUCACUUAUUCAAAGUCUUCCUACUAAUUUAAAUGUUUACUCCCAUAACAGCGGUGACGGUGUUAUGCAAAUCUUUGUAAUCUGUUAAGACCUGAUGAAUUAACCAUUUAAAUUAUUGCUAUAGAGACCAACAAAAUGUAUACGGACUUGGGCCCAAAUUCUGCUCCAGAUUUACACACGUAGUACUUUAUUGAAGUCAAUGGAAUCAUUCUAGAUUUAUAUGGAAGUAAACAGGAGCAGAGCUGGCCCCAUGUAUCUUCCACUGGACAUUAGUCUAAAGAAGGAAAGUGACUUGGAUGAUUUUUUUUUAACAGGUUAACUGGCCUUUUAUAGGUGAAGCAGGUGUUUUAUGUAUUAUUUAAUUGGGGGACUAAUUUUGGGACAUUGUUACCUUAAAUACUUGAUGUGAGGAAUAAAUAAACCGAUUUAAAUCCUG